AUUUGAAAUUUUGCGUUGCUUCUUCACUGACGCAUCAGUUCGUUUUGGCGAAUUGUGGGCUAAUUAUCUGAGAAACAGUCGUCCAUAUCAUCAGUUCUGCUUUCCUUUUAUCUCCUUAGAGACGUCACUGUUGUGGGGAUUACAUAGGCGUUAAGUUUUUGAUCUGAUGUCAGACACAGCAUCUCAGUAUGCAAAUUAUAUUUUGCAGAAGUAUUUUGGUGAAGCUGCUACAGUGAGCACACGUAUUUUGUGUAUCAAAGGUGCAUCAAGUUUAUUUGAAAUUUUAAAGUAUUGUCAUAAAAAGUUGGAUUCACGUCGUGUUUGCAAGUGUCUGAUUUCACUGACAAGACAUUCUGUCCUAACAAUUAAAAAGGACACAGUAUUGAAGUAUGGUUUAAAUCAUGAACGUAUAUUUUUUAUACCAAGAUCACCAUUAUUUUGUAAAUUAGUAUUCCAUUACUAUGGCAAAGUUGCAGAACAAGUUAUGCUAUAUUUUUCUACUAUUGGGCGGGCUACUUUAAGUGAUGUUUUGAUGUAUUGCGUUAAGAAGCAUCUCAAACUUAAGCUUUCUGUAGAAGAACAACACAGUUAUGUUGAAUCCUUAGGAACAACUGUAACAACUCUUGUGAAAACAAAUGUUUUACAGACUACAAAUCCUAAACUUUGGUCACUUGAGAACACCAAAGAAACAAAUUCUUCACAAACCGGUGAAACGUCUAUAGUAACAUCUACUACCCAAGAUUCUGAAAUACAAGUUUCAAAAGAAGAGAUAUGUGAAGCAUUACACACUUAUAUAGCAAGUGGACGAGUCAGCUGGCCUAUACCUAUUGAGGUAGAUGGUGAACCGUCGCGUAAACGCACGAAACCCUAUGAUGAAUCCUCUGAGUUGGCCAAAUCUUUGAAAUUAGUAGUCUGUCCAAAUAUUCAAACGUUAGAAACAAUGUGGCGUGAUCGAUUGAUAUGUCAAUUGGCUAGUGAAAAACUUGGUGAAGCUUGUGGUGAUAUUCUAUCACACUUAUUAUGCAUUGCUACAGCUGCUAAUCGUGGCACAGGAAUAACUUCUCCAGAAUCAGGAGCUGUUUCACGUUCAGAGCUUUUACGAAGUAUGCGAACUGUACCGGAUUUCGUAUCUUCAUACAUUUCUCUCCUGGUAGAUGAUGAGAUGAAAUUUCUGUUACAACAACCUGGAUUGGGCGGAUAUAUGUACACAUGUCCCUAUAAAUACGUUGUAAAACAUCUAUUCGUCAGGAAUGUCGAGUAUAUUAUUCAAAUUUUAUUUGAUACAGGCGGUUUACGGAUUUUCCGAUAUCUAUUACUUACAGGACCGUCAAAUUUAGAAGAGAUUGAACGAAGAGUUCUACUACCUCAGAGUGAUUUCCGACGAAUACUUCCGCGCAUGGUAUCUAUGGGUUUCAUUGCAACAACUGAAUUAUCACGGACUAAAGAUUAUUCAGCCGAAACUAUAUAUUGCUUAUAUUCAAUUAAUUUACUUCAAUUGGCUAGACUGGUAAUUGAACUAUCUCAGCAUGAAGUUUAUCGUUUAUCCCUGAGACGUGAUCAUGAAUUCUCACAGAAAAGUCGUUUAAUUGAACAACGUUAUCGUGUUGAAGCGCUGAUCCUACAACAUCAGGCAAAGUUGAGUGAAUACAAUAAUGGAUCAUCAUCGAGUACCUCGUUAAAUGAUUCCAAUGACUCUGAAUCUCAGCAUAAAGAAAGUGUAGAAGCAUUGAAAUCUUCAAUUACACCCGGUGAAGUGAAUCAGUUGACAGUUUUAUCAAACAAAUUAUCGAAGUUGUUGAACUGUGAAUACAAAUGUCAUACGGCAUGGUUUGUAGCCGAUCUCUACAUUCGUUUGCAUUCAUAAUAUAACGUGUCGGUCUGACAAAAACAAAUUUCCUGUAAUUUAUUUUUAUGUAAAUAGGCUUGUUCAUUUAUGAAUUGUAUAAUAUAUUGUUGUAAAUUAUAAAAUGUUUAUUUUGAAUCACA